GCGACGGCAGUUCGGCCACGUCCCUGGCCACGUCGCGCCCGCUCUCGCCAUCUUCGCCGCUUCCUCUCAGGGGCCGCCGCUGCCGCCUGAGCUGCCGAUCCCCAGGGCUGCCACGCUGCGCAGACCGCCGCCGCCAUGAAUAUCUUCCGGCUGACCGGGGACCUGUCCCACCUGGCGGCCAUCGUCAUCCUGCUGCUUAAGAUCUGGAAGACGCGCUCUUGCGCCGGUAUUUCUGGGAAAAGCCAGCUUCUGUUUGCACUGGUCUUUACAACUCGUUACCUGGAUCUUUUUACUUCAUUUAUUUCAUUAUAUAAUACAUCUAUGAAGGUUAUCUAUAUUGCCUGCUCUUAUGCCACGGUGUACCUGAUCUACAUGAAAUUUAAGGCAACUUAUGAUGGAAAUCAUGAUACCUUCCGAGUGGAGUUUCUGGUGGUCCCUGUGGGAGGACUCUCAUUUCUGGUCAAUCACGAUUUCUCUCCUUUAGAGAUUUUGUGGACCUUCUCCAUCUACCUUGAAUCAGUGGCCAUUCUUCCACAGCUUUUUAUGAUCAGCAAGACUGGGGAGGCUGAGACCAUCACUACCCACUACCUGUUCUUCCUGGGCCUCUACCGUGCUUUAUAUCUUGUCAACUGGAUCUGGCGCUUCUAUUUCGAGGGCUUCUUUGACCUUAUUGCUGUGGUGGCUGGUGUAGUCCAGACCAUUCUAUACUGUGACUUCUUCUACUUGUACAUCACAAAAGUACUCAAGGGAAAGAAGCUCAGUUUGCCAGCGUAAGUGCCAAAGACCAUCAGCAGCCUCUGUCCUUCAGGGUGCGUGGACAGAAUUCUUACCACAGCAAAGGCAUGAGAUGCUCGAUGCGGAAAAUCAGAAACUUAACUCUUUUGUUGCAGACAGUCAUCAGUGGCUCUGUAAGAAUGCAGAGGAAAAGAACCAGAAGGUUUCUGUUUAAUGCAUCUUGCCUUAUCUUUUUUUAUUACUAUGUACAAAGAUUUUUUUACACAAAGAAACUUAAUGCUGUAUUAAUAAAUUCAGUGUGUAGUUUAAUUGGGAUAGUUCCAAAGUGAUGAUUUUUGUGAGGAAUAAGUGCAAACUUUUUUAUUUUAAAAAAUUCUUGGAAAUUGUUGAUUUUGUCUGCAAUGAAAUUGUACUCCUUGGCAGUUGGUAGAUUAUCUAUUCUAACAUCUAUCAAACUUGCAUUCCACUAUAUUUAUUUUUUGCAAAAAGAUGAGUUAUAUUUGUUUGAAAUCUGAGACACUAUGUUGAAUUUUGUAUAUCUGUCCAAAUUUUUUCCUGCUAGCCGUGGAAAUCCUUCCAUGGACAUCACAACACUACAUUUAGGGUUAGUGAUGGUGACUUGCAAGUCUUUCAGAACCAAAAUUGUAGGGUUCUGAAUGUAGAUGGGGGUGUCAACCAAGAGUCACCAAAGGUGCCUGCUCUCCUCCCCUGAAACUGAGAGUCUCAGUUUGAGACUAUCCCAAGAGUGCCGAAGAAUUCAUGGGCAGGGGCUCUGGACUGCUUGCCAUCCAAGUGUGUGAUGGGAGGAACUGUAAUGAUUACUUUGGAUAUGAGACUACUCUGAGGAACAGAACACAAUUUGUUAUCUCUAAUUUUAAUUUGCAGUUCCCUAAAGAUUGGCACAACCAUGUCCAUGCUCAGAUUCGAAUGGUUUUUCCUAUCACGAUUGGGUUGGUAAAGUGAUUUACAAUUUUUUAAAAAAUUGACAGCACCAAUUACCAUUCCUUAUAUUCUUUUUUUUUUUUUUAAACUGAGCUCUUGCAUGACUUAUGUUAUCCUAAAUAAACAUUUUAUUAAAUACA